AUGAGUCCGCCGGCCAGAUUAAGGCUUCUACCGGUGAUAAUAGUAUCGUCGACGACACGGCCAGGUACACAAGGAGUCGUACUCGCUCGGGCGGAAGAGCAGCGGACAGUGGUGGAAGAGGUCGAAAACGAAGAAGAAAACGGAGAAGAGAAAAGAAAAUCGUCUAAAAGAAUCAGGGGUGGUAAAACUGCCACGCCCAUCAAGGAAACGAUGCAAAAGAAAAUAGCCGAGUACGAGGAAUAUUGUUCGGAGGAUUCGUGGACGAACCCGGUUCUAGAACAGCUGGACUGGACAGCCUCGCGAGUUCUCGUGGUAAGGCCGGGGGUUGUGAGGGCCACCACGGGGGCUGGGGUGGGUCUGCCCCUGCUUCUCUUCGUCGUCAUUCUCUUCAGCAGCCAAACACAAGCGGCAGUCACGCUUCUCAACGUCGCUUCGAUACCAACAUUAUCGCCAUUAAUCACCAGGCGUUAUCUGACGGCGACGACGACGACGACGACGACAACAACAACAACAUCAUCGACAGCGACGAAAAACGAUAUUCAUUGGAAGACACGUGACGCGAUAAAGAACUCAUUGUCGUCGUCGCCGUCGUCAAACGUUCUUCAAAAACCGAACGAUUCAAAUUGGAAGAGAGGUGAGGGGGGACCAUCGGAGAAUUUGAAUUGGCUCGAUACAAGGAAUAUUGAAUUUUUCCCUCAGUUGAAAGUGGAAGAGAAUUCAUCAGCUUUGGGAAAAUUUAGCACUGAGAGGAUUGAACAAGCGACUACGGUGAGGAUUGGUGAUAGUGAAGUGAUUAAGGGAACCGAGUUUGUUGAAGAAGAGAGAAGAACAGGGAAAGGUUUAGUGCAGGUGCAGGUGAAGAACGUGAGUGGUGAAAUUACAACUUCAUUAGACGUGUUGAUUGGUGAUAGUAGUAGUAGUAGUAGUAGUAGUGGUGUCGAGUGGACUACCGCGAGUACAGUUGCCGUGCCGAUGUCAUCGCUUUCGUAUCCUAGAGAGGAGUUGGGAGCUGGAAGAGUUAGGAUUUACCUGGGUCCAAAGCAGAAGAGACCCGAGGAGAAAGCUGGCGACAAUAAGGUUACUACGGAGGAUAAGGAAGAAGCAGAGUCCAGCUUUAUUGUCACAACAACGCAGACUGCCACAACGGAAUUGUCACCACCGACGCGGGACACCUCUAUGGAAGCAUUGAACGUAAGCGGGUAUAUAGUGGUGGUGCUUGUCCUCGUAGUCGGGGCACUCGUAGGUGUCCUGGCCACGGUUUCCCAUCAUCUACAUCACCGACCUGCCUCGAUAUCGAUUUUACAUCAUCACCAUCAUCAUCAUCAUCGCGAGGAGACACUCACAUCAAAUCAACGACGACUCCUCCUCGAGGAUCACUAUCGUCAUCCUGCUACGCCGGUGAGUACUCUAAAUCCAUUAAAUCAUUAAAAAAAAAAAACAAAAAAAAAAAUUAUCAAAUAGACAAAAAAAGAUAAUAGUUCAAAAAAAUUAUAAAAUACUCUAAUUUUACCCUUGGGGCAUUCCAGGAGAAAUU